ACACCCACCCACGACGGCGUCCAUACCUUGACCUUUUCUCCUCCGAAUAAUUAAAAAAAGAAAAAGAGAGGGAGUGCGAAAUUACCGUUUUACCCCUCCCCUUCAAAUCCUCCCAAAAACUCCAAUAAUCCUGCCCAUCGGUUCCGUCGAUCUUAAAAGCCUUUCGAUCUCUCCCUCUCUCUCUCUUCUCUAUCUAUCUAUCUGGAAGGUGUUGGAUAAUGCAUUUUCAUGGUUCAAGUUUGUAUUGAUGAUAUUCCUUUGGAAUUCUUCAAGAACAGAGUCUGUAUUGCAUGACUUUGAGAUGUGUGUUCAAUUUUCAUACAAUUGACUUGAAAGUUCAUGUCAUCUGAUAAAAUCUCGAGGACCAGAAUCUUUCCCGAAUUUCAUUUGGCCAUCGUCUACUGGAUAUGGAGCAUCUUCCUGUAGAAGUCAUUGGAAACAUACUAUCAAGGCUCGCAGCUGCCCGAGAUGUGGUGAUUGCCUCUGCAACUUGCCGGAAAUGGCGAGAAGCGUGUCUGAAACACCUCCACACCCUUUCUUUCAAUUCCAAUGAUUGGCCUGUUUAUCGUGACCUCACCAACAGUCGGUUGGAGAUUCUUAUUACCCAGACUAUAUUUCAAACCACUGGUUUGCAGUGUCUGUCGAUUUUCAUGGAUGAUGUUGAUGAGUUCUCGGCAGCUCCUGUGAUUGCUUGGCUCAUGUACACUCGAGAGACUCUGCGCUGUCUGCUGUAUAAUGUCCGCACGACUCCGAAUGUUAACAUUCUGGAGAAAUGCGGUAGGCAGAAGCUGGAAAUGUUGGUCUUGGCUCACAACUCUAUCACUGGGGUUGAACCCAGUUACCAGAGGUUUCCAUGCUUGAAAUCCCUUUCUCUGAGUUACGUCAGCAUUUCAGCCUUGGAUCUGAGCCUGCUUUUGACUGCCUGCCCGAAAAUCGAGACCCUGGCACUCGUCAAUCCGGAGAUUGCAAUGUCGGAUUCACAAGCGACAAUGGAACUAAGCAGCCCUACAUUGAAGAGCAUUUAUGUCGAAGCAAUUAGCUUGGAUAAGUUCAUAUUAGAAGCUGAUAGUCUUGAAAGCUUGCAUUUGAAAGAUUCGACUCUAGACCUUUUUGAGCUUAUCGGCAAGGGUACCUUGAAACAUCUCAAGAUUGAUGAUGUCAGUGUCAUUCACCUAGAUAUUGGGGAGAUUACCGAGCAUCUGGAAGCUGUGGACGUCAGCAAUUUUACGAUCAUGUGGCCAAAAUUCUACCACAUGAUAUCAAAAUCAUCUAAACUGAGGCGGCUUCGGCUUUGGGGCGUGGUAUUUGAUGAUGAGGAUGAGGUUGUAGAUUUGGAAACUAUUGCUGUUUAUUUCCCACAGCUAAGCCAUCUUUCAUUGAGUUAUGACUUGAGAGAUGGGUUGCUUCACUACGGUGCGUCGCGUUUGAAAAACGUGGUGGUGUUGGAACUGGGCUGGACGGUAAUCAGUGAGCUCUUCACCCACUGGGUUGCAGCGCUGCUCGACAGAUGUCCCAAUCUUAAGAGGCUGGUCAUCCAUGGGGUUGUUUCUGAAGCGAAAACUCGGGAAGAAUGCAAUACGUUGGCUAAUUUCACUUCAUCCAUCGUUCGGCUCAUGAGAAAAUAUAUGCAUGUCGAUGUGCAGUUUGAGUAUGAAUAAAAUUCUUAGAAUGCCUUUGCAGGGGUUUUAGUUUUGA